AUGAACAGCAGAAGCGGUCAUGAAGAAGAGGCUCCUUUGAAAGGACGUCUCUUCAGGAAGAGCAUAUCCUCAAAACAAACAGACAAAAACUUAAUCAGCAACAUUUCUGCCGUCUUUCUCCACCGGCCUCUAACACGGAACCGGCUACCCUCCAGCAGCUCGUACCCCGGCAGGGAAGGAAAGGAAAGCCCCUCCUGCCCUGCCCUGCCCUGCCGAGGGCGGGGAGCGCCGGGCUCCCGCCUCCCCGGGGACCCUUCCCGGGCAGCAGCCCCAGCCCGGCCCCGGGCCCCCGCCGCGCCCCGCCGUACCCGCCGCCAGCCCCGGAGAGGGUUCCCGGAAGGGAAAGCCAAGAAUUUCCGGGAGGACGCGGGGCGGCAGCGCACGGAGGAGAGGGAAGGGACGGGCCGGGCCGGGAGCGGGGCCAUGAACGGCUCGGCGAACUCGUUGCUGGACAAGGAGGAGCACCCGCUGCAGCUGGGCGAGAGCUUCGAGCGGCGGCCCAAGGCCUCCUUCCACACCAUCCGCUAUGAUUUUAAGCCAGCAUCAAUUGAUACGUCUUGCGAGGGGGACCUCCAAGUGGGUAAAGGAGAUGAUGUUACCAUCACUUUGCCACAUAUUCCAGGUUCAACUCCACCAAUGACUGUCUUUAAAGGAAAUAAAAGGCCGUAUCAGAAGGAUUGUGUGCUUAUUAUCAAUCAUGACACUGGGGAAUAUGUGCUGGAAAAACUUAGUAGCAGCAUUCAAGUCAAGAAAACAAGAGGGCAGCAGUAAGAUCCAAGCCCGAAUAGAGCAACAGUCUGCCCGAGCAUCUCAGCCUCCUUCACAGUUCAGAGCCCCAACCAAGCCAGC